UGGGGAAUGGAUGUAUUGGUACUGAAUUGGAAGUCCACAGAAAGCGGUGAGAAAGGCCCACCCAGCUCCGGUCUACCACCUCGGGUCAAUUCAUGUUAUCACCCAGACCUAGCACUGGUCUCCACAGCACAGAUCGAGAAUGCUGGGGAGAGGAUGCUUUUGGUGAGAGAAGAUGGAAAGACGUGGCCGUGGGGGAGUAGAAGAGAUAGUGAAAGAUGUGAGGAGAAAAAUAAAUCAGGGUUUCAGGCUGUAAACCUUGUCGAAUGACUAUGACCUGUGGCCGUCUGUUGGUGGAUAUGUGUCCUUAGCCUGAACAGGGAGGCACUUAAUGUGACAAGAUGGAGGAGAGCGAACUCAUUUUUAGCCUUAACCGACAGGACGAGGGCCCAAUGGUGGCCUUCUCCAAAGACAAAGCUGGGUCUAGGCCAGACCCAAGCCUGGGAUUUGAGUUGGGUCUGGACCUGGAACAGCGGCGCCACUCCAAGACCUUCCAUGUUCCCCUUUCCCCCUCUUCCCCAGGCUCUCUGGUGGACCUGUCAACAUGCUCAGCCAGGCUCUUCUCUAGCACUAGCUUGGUGAAAUCCUCGUCAACUGAACUGAAGUCCAAAGAGACCGGCUCCAUCAGACCCAAACCUCUCCUCAGCUUGGUCAAGUCCCUCUCGACCGAGAUCUCCCGCUAUGGCGAGCCAGAGGUCAACCUCUCCAAGUCAGACUCCAAGCUCCAUAUGCACCCCUGGAAACAGCUAACUCAGCCCAAGCUUCCAGAGGCCACUUCUGGAGCAGGGACAGCGAGUAAGGAGGAUGCCUGGGUUGACCUCUCACCGACGGAGCCCCGGGGGAGCUCCUUGAUUGCUGAGUUUGAGGACACACGUAGGAAAUUCUCAGAGGCCAUGCAGGACCCCCUCAGUAUGCUGAAUAAAAUCAUGGGGGAGGAGAGCUCAGGGAGUCCCAAACAGAGAAGGUGUACUGGGGCAGGGGACUCACCUAGCCCCUUGGCCUGUGCAGGAGGUGGGAGUGGAAGUGGGAGUCCCUUGAACAGUGAGGACGGUAGUCUACACACUCAAGGUCCCAGGUGCCGGAAGAAAACAGAGAAGGAAGUGAGGAGCGUGUGUGAAACGCCCCUGAGGACACCCAAAACAGCGGCUCUUUCCCCAGAAACCCCCCACCGAGGACACACACGCACACCGAGCAGGGACAGCCACUUUGAGAUCUGCACCUAUGGGGAUGUGAUUGAGGUGGUGGAGGUUCAGGGGGGAUCCGAGGAGGCCGACGUCCAUGGGAGUUCCCAUCCGGUCAGGGUUCCUGGGGCUUCUGUGCCCCGUGGCUGGCUCUUCCUGGUGGGUCUGCUGGCUUACGGCUUCUUUGUGCUCCCCUUGCCGUCCUACAUCACAGGACUGUCUCUUGGGCUGGCCUGUGGCUUUAUGCUGGGGCUCCUGGUAGUGCUGGUGCUGACCCCUCGACAGUCAGCGUGGUCGCCCAGGAGCCAGGCAGAGGCAGGGGCUCGUGAACAUCACAACCAGCCCUCCACCCCCCUAUCUGGGGCAAAGAGGGACACUGAGGUCCUGGAGGGCUGGAUGAACGAGAUGAAUGCUUAUGACCCCGAGACCUACCACCCAUCACUCACCCACUCGGUGUAUGCCACCCUGGACGGCAGCCGGCUGCACCUAGCGUACCCCCGCACCAACAUACCCCGGCAGGCAACCUUUGAAGAGCACUCCCACGAGGCCGUGUUUGUACGCUCACGCACCUACCAGCUGGCAGACUGCAAGGUCUCUCUACUGCCCCCUGUCCUUGCGCGAAAAAGAGUUUGGAACAAGAAAUAUCCCAUCUGCAUCAUACUGGCAGAUGGAGAGGUGGAGGAAGAGAGCCUGAUAGAGGGACAGGAAGAGGAGGAGAGGACGGACAAACAGAUGUUCCCUGACACACUCUCUGACUUGCCCGUCAUCCUUUACCUGUUUGGCCGUACAGGAAGAGAGAAAGAGGAGUGGUUCCAGCACUUCCUAUCUGCCUCCAGGCCUGAAUUCAAAAGUUGCCAGAGUAGAGAGGGCUCCAAGUCUGAAGCUAUGAGCAGUAAAGGCUCUGUCUCUGGGAGUACUGAGGACCUGGUCCUUCCAACGGGCCUACGGGAUCUGGCAGGGGGCAUUAAAGAGAGGGUCCUGUUGGACUACAGCUCCUACAUGACAAGUCUCGUUGGCUCAGAGAGCAGCAGUCCAACCCGCAGCCCCUGCCACAGCGACCACGGUAGCCCCACAGUCCUCAAGAGAAUCCCCAGUGAGGAGGCUUCUGCUGGGGGCAGCUCUGCAGAGGGCCAGACUGCCUGGGUCAACUCCCUGGUGGGACGCAUCUUUUGGGACUUCCUCAGGGAAAAGUACUGGGCUGACCAGGUGGCCCACAAGAUCCAGAAAAAACUCAGCAAGAUCAGGUUGCCAUACUUCAUGAAUGAGUUGACCUUGGCUGACUUGGACAUGGGCAUCUGCAUGCCCCAGGUACUCAGCACUUCCAAGCCAUCGCUGGACCACCGAGGCCUGUGGCUGGAGUUGGAGGUGGUGUAUGCAGGCUGCCUGCAGAUGACCCUGGAGACUAAGAUGAACCUGUGUAAGCUGGGCAAGGAGAGCGGGGCAGAGGCCCACAGAAUCCCAGAGGCCCGCCAAGUAGGUUCCAAACCCAGGCUGUGUGUGUUGGCUGAUAGCGAUGAGGAGUCCUCCAGUGCUGGGUCAUCCGACGAGGAAGAUCUACCUCCCUCGGAGCCUCAAGGAACCCCGGGAGAAAAAGGCACACCACCAUUGGCUGAUGGACAUGGAGGUAGCACCAGUAGAAAGAUCCUGAGGUUCAUGGACAAGAUCGCCAAGUCCAAGUAUUUCCAGAAGGCCACGGAAAAUGAGUACAUCAAAAAGAAGAUUGCAGAAGUAUCAAACAUGCCGCUGAUGCUGACUGUAGAAGUUCUGGAGCUUUCUGGAACCUUGGCUGUCAACAUACCACCGCCCCCUACAGACAGAAUAUGGUACAGUUUUCGCGUGCCUCCCAGGUUGGACCUGCGCGUGCGCCCCAUGCUGGGAGAGAGGGAGGUCACCUUCACACACGUCACAGAAUGGAUUGAGAGAAAGCUCACAUGUGAAUUCCAGAAAGUGUUUGUGAUGCCCAACAUGGACGACCUCUACCUCCCCCUAAUGACCUCCGGCCUGGACAACCCCCCGCCAUCCCAACACUCCCCUGCCCACUCCUCGCACCAUUCUUCGGACGAGUCCCAGGAGUUUGUUUCAGAGUAGCAUCACACAAUGGCCGGGAAUGGAACUGCAAUAUCCUCCCCUAACGUGGGUCCAGCAUGGGUUCACUGAUAGUGGAUUCUCCAGCAGAUGUGGCUCGGCGUUGCCAGGACAGUUGGUUGGGACUCUGUUACAGGGUUGAGGAAGUGUGUAUGUACUGUGUAGCAAAGCAUGCAGACACAGGCCAGAGUAGCAUGGCUCAACUCUGAGAACGAGAGGCAUGAUGGACGUCGCUUGCCAUGUUCUGCUAUAGCACCCCCUACAGCUUCAGAGGAGGGAACUGACACUAGUUAAAUGAACUGGGAGCUGGGAUGCUUCUCUUCUGACUGUGUAUUCUAGUUCAUAAUUCGGAUUCCUCUCUGGUAGUGGAUUUGAGUAGCAGGACUCUGUCUGGUACAAGAGGCUUACUGCUCUGUUCUAAUGGCACGUUCAUGCUGAUGAUAAGACCAACAUUUUCAAACAAGUUGUUUGAAUGCAAGAAGAAAUGGUGUCCCCAGGAGGACUACUGCCCCACUGCAUUUAUGAUCUUGAACUUCCUUUUCUUUUCUUCCCUUCUCUUUUCUUAUCCCCUACCACCCCCGUUCCCCUACCCAGCCACCCUUCACCUUGCCAGUAUUGACUUUCAGUCUGCAUGGAUUCCUUUGUACAGUUUAAUUGCUCUUAAUUCUUAAGACAAUAAAGAAUGUAUCCGUUUAAAGUGU